CCACCCUCACCCCCCAAACCCGCAGGGGCUUUAUUCUAGAGUCACUGGUGCGUGGCUGCGCUUUUCUUUUCUGUUUGUAGGUGAAACCCCAGUGGCUUCAUUGGCUCCUUGAUUUAAACCACGCCCGGCUUUCUGCCCGCUUUGCUGCUGCUGGGCCAGGCGGCCCAGCCACAUCCCAGCCCCGCGCGCAGGGAGCCCUGGCUGCUAUUGUGUGGAUGCCGCGCGUGUCCUCUCUUCUCUUGCAGAGAUGGCUAACCGGGGCCCAAGCUAUGGCUUAAGCCGAGAGGUGCAGGAGAAGAUUGAGCAGAAGUAUGACGCUGACCUGGAGAACAAGCUGGUGGACUGGAUCAUCCUGCAGUGCGCUGAGGACAUAGAGCACCCGCCGCCCGGCCGGGCCCAUUUUCAGCAAUGGUUAAUGGACGGGACGGUCCUGUGCAAGCUGAUAAACAGUUUAUACCCCCCUGGACAAGAGCCCAUUGCCAAGAUCUCAGAGUCCAAGAUGGCUUUUAAGCAGAUGGAGCAAAUCUCCCAGUUCCUGAAGGCUGCGGAGACCUAUGGUGUCAGGACCACUGACAUUUUUCAGACAGUGGAUUUAUGGGAAGGGAAGGACAUGGCGGCUGUGCAGAGGACCCUGAUGGCUCUAGGCAGUGUUGCGGUCACCAAGGAUGAUGGCUGCUACCGGGGAGAGCCGUCCUGGUUUCACAGGAAAGCCCAGCAGAAUCGAAGAGGAUUUUCAGAGGAGCAGCUUCGCCAGGGACAGAAUGUGAUAGGCUUGCAGAUGGGCAGCAACAAGGGCGCCUCCCAGGCGGGCAUGACCGGGUACGGGAUGCCCAGGCAGAUCUUGUAAGACCACAGUCUCUGAGACAAAGAAAUAGUUAGUCACCUUCUGACCUUUCUCAGAGCCUCCUAUCCCUGAUUUUUGCAAGUGCUGCAUUUCUGCUGAGAAUCCACGUUGCCUACCGCUGCCACCUUGUGUUCAUUUAGAACUAUGCAAAGACUCCGCUUCCUCCUCCUCGGCUCCUCCUUGGCCCUCAAGUCUCCGUUCGUCUGAUUAUUUAUUUAUUUAUUUGCCAACAAUUUCCCUCCUCCACUUACAGAACACACCGAAUAAAUGGAUUAGUCUUGUGUCUUAAA